AUGUCGUUAAGUAUCGCCACUUCCCCGUGCUGGUCGCAAUUAAGUGGAGCUUCUGGAAUUACUCCCAGCUCCAUAGUAGCGGUAAUCCAAUGCUUUGCUGCUGCUAAAUUAUUCUUCAUAGAUAAUUUACCGCUAGAACCUCUUCCUAACAAUGAUUCUGAUGAAUUCGAUUUCAUAAUAAUCGGUGCUGGAUCUGCUGGGAGUGUGGUUGCAAAUAGAUUAAGUGAAGUAGAAAAUUGGAACAUUUUGCUUUUAGAAGCUGGAGGAGACCCGCCAAUUACAUCAGAUAUACCUGGACUUCAAACAGCUUUGUAUGGGAGCAAGAAUGACUGGCAAUACACAACAGUUAACAAUGGAAUCACAAGCCAAGGCCUCAAAGACGGUUCUGUGGGAUGGACAAAAGGGAAGAUGCUUGGAGGCAGUAGUAGUAUAAAUGCUUUAGCUUAUGUACCAGGUAACACACAAGAUUACCAAAACUGGUAUGACGCUGGAAACAAAGAAUGGAGUGUAGAACAUGUACAUAGAUGUUUCAAGAAAGCUGAGAAUCUUCAAAAUGAGGCAAUGUUGGAAGAUCCAAACAUUAAAGAUGUUUACGGCCAUGAAGGACAUUGUAUAAUCAAUAAAUUCAACCAUACUCUCCGCACUUAUACAGAUUAUGUCGUUGAAUCAUGGGAUAAAAUUGGAUUUGAGAAAGUCUCUGAUUUAAAAGCAGCGAACUUUUUAGGCUCAGGCGUAAUAAUGGCCACGGCAACCAAUGGAGUAAGACAGAGCACUAAUAAGGCAUAUCUUCAGCCAGUCAGAGACAGACCAAAUUUAGUCAUAAUGAAAGAUAGUUUAGUCACCAAAAUUUUGAUAAACGAGACUUUAUCAGCGUAUGGUGUUGAAGUUGAGAAAGAUGGAGAAAAAAAGGUUUAUUAUGCGUCGAAAGAGGUAGUUUUAAGCGCUGGUUCUGUGAGUUCCCCGCAACUCUUAAUGUUGUCUGGAGUAGGCCCAAAGGAGCAUCUUGAAUCAAAAAAUAUAGAAACUUUAGUUGAUUCUCCGAUGGUUGGACAAAAUCUUCAAGAUCAUGCCUUAUUGCCGAUAACAGUUUAUGGCGAUGCACCUGGGAAGCUAUCGUUACUUGAAUUAAUGGGAGAUAUUCUUAAAUAUAUUACAAAAAGAGAAGGUAACAUUUCUUUGCAAUCCAAUGACCCUAAAGAUCCACCUCUCAUUUACGCGAACUAUUUCGACGAUAGUAGAGAUUUAGAUGUAGCUGUAGAUGGUAUUAAAAUGGCAACGAAAAUUUUGGAAACCCCAUAUUUCAAAAUGAUCAAUGCCUUCUUGGGAAGGAUGGACGUGCCGGAAUGCAAUGAGUAUGAAUUAGACAGUGAAGAUUAUUGGAGAUGUAUUUGUGUAAACUUGGUAACCUCAAUAUUUCAUCCCAUGGGGUCCUGUAAAAUGGGUACUGAUAUUAGUACUUCAGUAGUGAACAGUAGGCUACAAGUUCACGGUGUCAGUAAUCUACGUGUGAUUGAUGCUGGGAUCUUCCCUUCGACCAUAAGUGGGAACAUCAAUGGAGCUUGCAUUAUGGUGGGUGAACGAGGAUCGGAACUAAUCAAAGAAGAUUAUAAUAUAAGCUGA